AUGGCAGCCUCGAGGCUGGCGCUGUCGCUGCUGGUCGCAGCUCUCCUGCUGCACGUGGCCACCACGCUGAAGAUUGGUGCCUUCAACAUCAAAGCGUUUGGGGACACCAAGAUGUCCAACCAGACCGUGGCAAAUAUCAUCGUCUCUAUCCUGUCGGAGUACGACAUCGUUCUGGUGCAGGAGGUCCGGGAUGCCGACCUGAGUGCUGUGAAUGACCUCAUGGACCAGCUCAACAGUGCUGGGGAGCACCCAUACGACCUUUUGGUCAGCGUCCCCCUGGGUCGGGGCACCUACAAGGAGCAGUACCUCUUCAUCUACAGGUCAGACAUGGUCUCCGUGCUGGGAAGCUACUACUACGAUGAUGGCUGUGAACCCUGUGGGACUGACACCUUCAGCAGGGAGCCCUUCAUUGUGAAGUUCUCCUCACCCACCACACCAGAGGUGCAGGAGUUCGUGUUGGUGCCUCUGCAUUCGGAGCCCAGCCACGCAGCACAGGAGAUUGACGCGCUCUACGAUGUCUACUCCGAUGUCAUCAACAAGUGGGGGACCAACGACAUGAUCUUCCUGGGUGAUUUCAACGCUGACUGCUCCUACGUGACCAGCUCCCAGUGGCCGUCCAUCCGCCUGCGCUCCCUCUGCGCCUGCGAGUGGCUCAUCCCCGACAGCGCCGACACCACCGUGGCCGACACCGACUGCGCCUACGACCGCAUCAUCGCUUGUGGAACUGCCCUGCGCCAAGACAUUGAACCUGGCUCCGCCACCAUCAACAACUUCCAGAAGAAAUUCCACCUCCAGAUGAAGGAUGCUUUGGCUGUCAGCGACCAUUUCCCAGUGGAGGUGACCCUGAAAGCCCCUCUGGAAGGGAGGUCCCUUCAGUAUCCCCAGCAGCCCCUGGUGCCCCAGCCCCUCAGCCCCCUGCCAGAGAGACAGGGAGGUCUCAGGGCUCCUGCCAUCAAGACACCUGCACCCAUGGGGUGCAUCAAUCCUGGAAGAAUGGGGACUGUGACACUGGAAUUGUCCCUGCUGGCUGUGGCUCUCCUGUGCCCAGCCACUGCCAUGCUGCGCAUCGGUGCCUUCAACAUCCAGGCCUUCGGUGACACCAAGAUGUCCAACAAGGAAGUGGCAGAGAUCAUCACCAACGUCCUGCGCCGCUACGACGUGGUGCUGGUGCAGGAGGUGCGCGACUCCGACCUCAGCGCCGUCACCGAGCUCAUGGAGCAGCUCAACAGUGCAUCCACAUCCCAAUAUGACUAUGAGAUCAGUGGCCCCCUGGGACGGGAGAACUACAAGGAGAUGUACCUGUUUAUCUACAGGACAGAUGUUGUGUCUGUGGUGGACACCUACCAAUAUGAGGACCCCCAGGAUGUCUUCAGCCGGGAGCCAUUCAUCCUGAGGGUCUCAGCACCCAGCACCAGUAAGUGGGGGAACCAGUGGCCAUUGGUUGUGGCAUGGGGUGGCCGUGGGGGACAUCCCUCUCUCCUGGUAGAGGUGAAGGAGUUUGUGCUGGUGCCCCUGCACUCGGCCCCACAUGAUGCUGUCGCUGAGAUUGAUGCGCUCUACGACGUCUACCUGGCCAUCAUCGACAAGUGGGGGACUGAUAAUAUGAUGUUCCUGGGGGACUUCAAUGCCGACUGUUCCUACGUCCAGCCAAGUGACUGGCCGUCCAUCCGCCUGCGCACCAGCGACAUCUUCAAGUGGCUGAUCCCCGACAGCGCCGACACCACCGUGGGCAAGUCAGACUGCGCCUAUGACAGGAUCGUGGUGUGUGGCAACAAGCUGAAGAGAGGCAUCCUCUCCAACUCAGCUGGUAUCUACAAUUUCCAGCGCGCUUUCCAGCUGGACCAGGAGGAGGCCCUGGCAGUCAGUGACCACUACCCAGUCGAGGUGAAGCUGGCAGCCUGA